CUGUAUGUUGUUUUCUGAUUGACAGAGCAGCCUGGGGACAUGAUCUGUCUGGGACGGCUAGCUGCUAUAACCUUACCAUUUGGAUUUCUUCUCAGUAGAGCUAUGGCUUGGACUUCAAGUGGAAAAACGCAUGUAGAUCUUGUCAACAAUCUUCGCAGUGAGUAAAUUCCUUUAUUUAAUCCUUUCCUUCUGUAUUCAGCAAACUGUGGCUCUCGUAAUUACUGUAAUCUGAAAUCUAACUGAUUUUGUGUAGAUAAUGUUAGAGGUCCCUGAUAUAAAACAGAACGGGAGCAGGUAACGACCCAUCUCAUUGCUCUUCACAAUGUGCCAGCUCCCCUUACAGGGAGAUGAAAUGCUCAGCUUUGGGUUUAUUGAUAAAUUAUCACUUUGUUUAAUAACUAUAGACACUCAGAUUACAGCUAGCCCACAGUCUGAGGAAUGAGAUGGUUUUGGUGAAAUUCAAAAUUUCCAGUAAUGUUUACUUGAUGUCCCAAGUCUCUGCUGACUGUUUUUUUAAAACUAUUUUUCUCUCCUAGAGAAUGGAGUGAUCAGGCGCCAACGUGUGUACGAUGUUAUGAUGGCCACGGACAGAGCGCGUUAUGUCCAGCAUUUCCCAUACAUGGACUCACCGCAGAGUAUAGGUAAGAAUCACGCAGCUCAUUACACCCAGCAUUUACUGUACGUGCAUUUACCACAGUGUAUAGGUAAGAAUCAAGCAGCUCAUUACACCCAGCAUUUACUGUACGUGGACUCACCGCAGGGUAUAGGUAAGAAACACGCAGCUCAUUACACCCAGCAUUUACUGUACGUGGACUCACCGCAGGGUAUAGGUAAGAAUCACGCAGCUCAUUACACCCAACAUUUACUGUACGUGGACUCACCGCAAGGUAUAGGUAAGAAACACGCAGCUCAUUACACCCAGCAUUUACUGUACGUGGACUCACCGCAAGGUAUAGGUAAGAAACACGCAGCUCAUUACACCCAGCAUUUACUGUACGUGGACUCACCGCAAGGUUUAGGUAAGAAACACGCAGCUCAUUACACCCAGCAUUUACUGUACGUGGACUCACCGCAAGGUAUAGGUAAGAAACACGCAGCUCAUUACACCCAGCAUUUACUGUACGUGGACUCACCGCAGGGUAUAGGUAAGAAUCACGCAGCUCAUUACACCCAGCAUUUACUGUACGUGGACUCACCGCAAGGUAUAGGUAAGAAUCAAGCAGCUCAUUACACCCAGCAUUUACUGUACGUGGACUCACCGCAAGGUAUAGGUAAGAAUCACGCAGCUCAUUACACCCAGCAUUUACUGUACGUGGACUCACCGCAAGGUAUAGGUAAGAAUCACGCAGCUCAUUACACCCAGCAUUUACUGUACGUGGACUCACCGCAAGGUUUAGGUAAGAAUCACGCAGCUCAUUACACCCAGCAUUUACUGUACGUGGACUCACCGCAGGGUAUAGGUAAGAAUCACGCAGCUCAUUACACCCAGCAUUUACUGUACGUGGACUCACCGCAGGGUAUAGGUAAGAAACACGCAGCUCAUUACACCCAGCAUUUACUGUACGUGGACUCACCGCAGGGUAUAGGUAAGAAACACGCAGCUCAUUACACCCAGCAUUUACUGUACGUGGACUCACCGCAAGGUAUAGGUAAGAAUCAAGCAGCUCAUUACACCCAGCAUUUACUGUACGUGGACUCACCGCAAGGUUUAGGUAAGAAACACGCAGCACGUUAUAUCCAGCAGCACAGGAACAGCUUUAUACCCAAACUCCAUAUUACACACUAGAUAACAUGCUGUGCCAUCAAAUGGGGGACACUAUAAGCACACAACCACUGCAAUAAACUCUAGUGGGUUUGGUGUCGAGUCCCCAGAAAUUUAUCAAACUGUUUAUACAUUUUUUAACAUUUGCCUUGCUUACAGAGGAGCUGUCAUUUCUUUGGAAACAGUUCAGGCCAGGCAUUGCCAGGGCACACAAUGCUAAUGAGGUUUAUCAAAUUUUCACCAACACUUUCCUGUCUCAUUUUUGUCACAAUUCAUUGAAUCUAUCUGAUUUUCCCGUCUGUUGCUUGUUUUGCACCCUAACAGUUGUUUUUGAACAUGCAGGUUGUUUUCAGAUGCAGCAGAUUUCUGAAUAUUUUGUGCUAGGUUUUCCCAAGGUGGCAGAUGUUUUCCACCAGUAUAUUUAUUUGCUGUCUGAGUAAAAUGUCACUUUGUAGAUCACUUUAAUAAAUAUGAUCAAAUGAUGAUGACAUGUAACUGCCACGUUUCAUAGCACGUUGAUAAAUACCACUCAUUGUUCUUUGUCUCUCUAUACUGAUACAAUGAUUGACAGGGAGCUGAGAUGGGUAGAGCUUGCUUAGUACAAUAGUGUGAAUUUCUACAUUUAAUUUUAGUUUUCAGACACUUGUUAAAUGUAGGGGAUAAUGAAAAAUCCUGACAAGCAACAGCAUGGUUGGCGAAUCCUCUUGGGAGUUGCAGCUUUCCUAAACCUGUCUUAAAAAAGUAUUUCAAACCAUUGCUCUGGCCAGAUCUUUGGAGAAAGUCAUGUUAUAUUAACAAGUUUGCUGUAAUCUAGAACUUUCUUACGCACUAAAUGUACAUUUAACGUAUGUUUUUGUUGCCCUUUUAGGUUAUAAGGCUACAAUCAGUGCUCCCCACAUGGUAGGCUUUAUAUUUAAUGACUUGUUUUCGUUUUCUAAGCCAAAGAUGCUGUUUAUUUAAUUAGCGUUCUGUUGUGAGCAGCGCAGUGUUUAACUAUUAAUUUGUUUCUAAGCGUCUGACCAUUAAUAAUAGGCAGUGACCUCGCACUGACCACUUAUUUUAUUUAAUACUUAAUAUGAUAAACCCUGGAUUUCCUUGUCACUGUCUGUCAGCAUGCGCACGCCCUGGAAUUGCUGGAGGAGAAGCUGAUUGAAGGUGCCAGGGCGCUGGAUGUAGGCUCUGGCAGUGGAUACCUCACGGCUUGCUUUGCCAGGAUGGUGAGUGCCAUGUGCGAUGUGCGGAGGUUUAUCUGGAUGGAAUCUCACUGAUCUGUCUGUACAGAUAUUCUAUUCUUCUCUCUGCAGGUGGGAUCCACUGGAAAGGUUAUUGGUGUUGAUCAUAUUGAUCACCUCAUCAAUACUGCCAUUCAGAACGUUCAGCAGGAUGACGCAGAAUUGCUCAGCUCUGGACGAAUCAAGUUUGUUGGUGAGGAAGAUUUCUGAGCGCAGUUUACCUGAACAAUGGCGACUAUGUUGUGAUAUCUUGCCCUCUGUUUUACAGUGGGGGACGGCAGACUGGGGUACCCUGAAGGUGGGCUGUAUGACGCAAUACAUGUGGGGGCUGCAGCUGCAACUGUUCCACAAGAGGUGGGAGUGAAAGAAAGCAUGUGUAAUGUCUGUGUAUAGACUGAAUGCACCCGGAAUCUCAGACUGACUUCUACCAGUGAUAGUAGCACCCCAUGCGCUCAAUAUACAAACAAACACUUUACAAUCAUGGGAAAAGAAAGGACGCCCUCUGAAUUCUGUGGUUUUAUAUAUCAGGACUUAAUAACAACCAUGUGUUCCUUAGAAGCUCUUAAAACUGGAUAAAUACAACAUGAGAUAAACAACGACAGAUGAUAUUACAAUAUGUCAUGAUUUAACAAAAAUAAAGCCAAAAAGGAGAAGCCAUGUGGGAACGUCUAACUACUGCUUGGGAUGUAAAAGCUUGGAGAACCACCUUUAGCAGCAAUAGCUUGCAGUAAUAUUUCUGUAUGACUUUAUCCAUCUCUCACCUCGUUGUGGAGGAAUUUUGGCUCACUCUUCUUUACAACGUUGCUUCAGUUCAUUGAGGUUGAGGUCUGGACUUUGACUGGGCCUUUGCAACACCUUGAUUCUUUUCAUUUUCAGCUAUUCUGUUGCAGAUUUGCUGCUGUACUUGGGAUCAUUACCUGUUACAUGACCCAAUUUCGGCCAAGCUUGAGCUGUCAGACAGAUGGCCUCAUAUUUGACUCUAGAAGUCUUUGGUACACAGAGGAGUUCAUGGUCGACUUACUGACUGCAAGGUUCCCAGGUCCUGUGCCUGCAAAACAAGCCCAAGUCAUCACCUGUGAUAAACUCCCCUUUUCAUGUGACUUUGCCACGAGCUCCUGGAGGAGCCUGCUUGCCAGCCUCCUGCCCACAGACUAUGGGCCAUGUAAAAGUCUUUUUUCGUGUAUUUGAACUAUAUGGUUCGGGAACCAAACAGCCGCACGAACCGGAGACCGCCUUGGAGCUUGUUAAGCCUAAUAGCUACUUUGAAGCAAUUUCCACUGCAGUGUUCUAAGUGUUCGUCUGGGUGGCCGCAAUUCCUAUGGACGACCACAAGGUGACGGCCAUCAUGUUUGCACGAACGCAGGCAGCGGUGCUUGGUCGUCAAUUUCAUGGAACUGAAAUAGGACACAAACUCCCGAACACCGCUGGACUUCCAGCAUCACCUGCGUUUGGUUCUACAACACUUAGAAAGACACGGUUCGGUGGAAACAUUUCCACGAACAAGGGAAACAAGCUCCAAGGUAAGAAUAUUGACUAUGUUUAUUCGGUUUUAAACUACCGAACUAGACCGACCGCUAGCCCUGAUCUUGUGAAACUGAGAUCAUUCCUGAUGUCUUUUCUCCGUGGCAUUGCUCCAGACCAGCAAACUGCUAAACCUUCAGCUUCUAUAGAGGUGGUUACACUGGCUGAUGAUCAAUUAAUUAAAGGUAUUUGAUUAGCAGCACCUGUCUGCUGCUUAGCCUCUUACUUACUGUGGAAGCAGUAAGGGUGUACUUAGUUUUUCACACGGUUUCUCCAUUUUGGCUUUAUUUUUGUUAAAAAAAUCAUGACACUGUGUAAUAUGUUGCGUGGUGUUCAUCUGAGCUUGUAUUUACUUAAUUUUAAGACUUGCUAAGGAACAGUUGAUGGUUAUUAUGUCCUGAUAAAGAAAACAAUAUAAUUCAAAGAGGGUGUACUUUCUUUUUCCUGUGACUGUAUAUUAUUAUGUUUUAGAACAUGGCAGCACUGAACGUGGAGCACACACAGAACUAAAUUCAACACGAUAGGUUUAACUUACAGGAACAACGGCUGGUGAGGGUCUUGCUCAAAUUGCUUACAGUCUAAAGAAAUAGAGCUACGUGUUAUGAUAACAAUGGUGGCCAAAGGAUUCCAGAAAUGCAAAAGAGAGAAAACAAUGUGAAAGCUUAGCAUUUUAUAACCUGUGUUCCUGCGAGCUGCGUGUUCGGCUAACGUGAUGUAUAUUAAUUAAGCCAUGUAUAAAUGGGUAUUGGCAUCACGCGAUGUGUGUGCAGAUAAAACACAGAGACAUACAGGUGUAUUGUCCAUGAUACCAUGAUUAUAUUCAACAAAUUAUACUACAUGCAAUAUAUAAAGAGGGUCUGCAAUGAUCGAGGGGCACUAUUGGAAGCACGUCACAAGGGAUAUUGCAGGAAAAUAUCUAUUUUAAAGAAGGAAGAGGAUUUUUUUUAAUGUUAAUAUUUUUUAUUGUAUUCAGGCUGUGGUAAAUUACCAAACUCUAUAAAUUAUUAUGUACACAUAUAAACUCUGGUCCGUCUACUUUAACAAAUAUUUUUAUUCAGAGACAAAACAACAACAACAUACAAAUAAUGACACACAAUCUAACUAACUAUACCACCACCAACAGCAACAACAACCUAACUAACAAUAACAACUACAUCUUAUAAAAUCCCACUCACAGUUCACCAUGAUAGAAAUUAGGCCAUGUCUGCUUAAAGGACUGCUCAGUAGCACAACCAAGAAGGAACAGAGAGGAAUGGAGAAAGGGGGAAGUGGUUACCUCUUUCCUGAAAGGUAUUGAAUUACUCAAUUACCAUAUCAAAAGGUAAAGUUUAUCCCACUGUAAGAGCUUGGUCACAUGAUCCCUGGUCACCAUAUUAGUUUGAUGACAGAAUGUCACCACACAGGCAAGUAGUGCAAAAAAACUAUACAUAGCAUAUCCCACUACAUGUUAAAACAGCCCUGUCAUGCCAAACUUACCUUUCCCAAAAUCCAUUCCUCUUCUGUCCCUCUGACAGGAUCUAUUAAUUUCUUCCUGUCUGCUCUAGUUUUCAUUAAAACAUAAGACAAAGUAGGGACUAUUUCUCUUAUGGAGGUUUCCUAUGCCUGACCAUCUCUGACCAGCGGAGGAGCAAAGUGUGCUUCAUUUCCGGUGGUCAGAGAAAUUUUCCCAUAAGCCUUAGCUAUCCGCCCUGUUCCCGCGAUGCUUCCUUUCACAUUUCCCGAGCGUCCUGUUAUUUUAGACAGAACGCCUGCAAAACUACCGAAUUGCGUACUAACAGCAUGAGAACAGUUUCUCCAUUCGUGUUAGGACGCAAUUCGGGACUUUGUUUGUAUCAGAAUUUCAAUAGAAUGAAUGAAACUCCGAUACGAUUCGUGCUGCGGCUGCAUCUUGCAGCCGCUUAGUAGAUAACUCCCUAAUUCCCACGGUAUUAGGGAGCUAUCUACCAAAAGGCUGAAAGACCUAAAUUGGUCUUUCAGCCAAAUUUACUAAUACUAAGUAAAGAUUACUUAUUAUCAGUAAAUUCAGCCCCUACUCGCUAUACAGUGAGUAGGGACAUAUCUAUUAUGAGCAGAACUGUAGAACUGUUACAAAAAAACCCCUCUAGUAUUCCCCCUCCCGAGCCUCCACUCGUGCCGUGCGAGUGGGGGCUAUUAAACUGAAGGGGGGACCUAUUGCCCCCUCCCCCACCCCUGAGCGGCGAGUGGGGGCCCUAAAUGAAAAUAGGGGAACCUAUUGUCCUCCCCCGGGCCCUAAAUGAAAAUAUUAACUUCCCCCUCAGGUGACCAGGCGUCCCCAAGCCCCUAGUCAUCCCACCCAAAAAAAAAUUAAUAAACCCCUACAUACCUAAAAAUAGUGAGGGGGGAACAAGAGAACUAAAUACCUGUAAAAACUAAAUAAAAAUUACCAUUUGAGGUCUUCUUUUUUUCUAAAAUCUUCUUCUUUCAGCCCUAAAAAAGGCCAAAUAAAAGUCCAUAAUACCCGUCGCACUUUGAAAAAAAACCCCCAAAAAACAGAACGCAAGUCUCUACAUUUACCUGUCACAGCUUGAAAUCCAACCAAUCAGAGUGCUCUGAGUAAUUUCACACAGCCUGGGAAAGUAACCAAUCAGUGUUGUUAUGAGUCAAUUUUGACAUUUCACUGAGCGCAUAAUUGCUUACCAAACUGUAUUACACUAUAUAUUUGUUUUGUUCCUUAUUUUUAGAUUUCACAGCCAUAUCCCAAACAUUUUUGGUUUUGUCUAUAUAGCACUAUAUUUAACCCUAUAACUUUCCAAGACACCAUAAAACCUGUACAUGGGGGGUACUGUUUUACUCGGGAGACUUCGCUGAACACAAAUAUUAGUGUUUCAAAACAGUAAAAUGUAUUACAACAAUGAUAUCGUCAGUGAAAGUGACAUUUUUUGCAUUUUUCACACACACAUGGCACUUACACUGACGAUAUAAUUUGUUGUGAUACCUUUUACUGUUUUGAAACACUAUUAUUUGAAACACAUUGAAAUUCGCCAGAUUGGUCACGUUGCCUUUUGGAUCGUCUGGUAGCCCAGGAAUGAGAAUUACCCCCAUGAUGGCAUACCAUUUGCAAUAGUAGACAACCCAAGGUAUUGCAAAUGGGGUAUGUCCAGCCUUUUUUAGAAGCCACUUAGUCACAAACACUGGCCAAAAUUGGCGUUCAAAUUAGUUUUUUGCAUUUUUCACACACAAACAUAUUAACGCUAAAUUUGGCAAGUGUUUGUGACCAUGUGGCUACUAAAAAAGACUGGAUAUACCCCAUUUUCAAUAACUUGGGUUGUGUGCUAUUGCAAAUGGUAUGCCAUCAUGGGGGUAAUUCUCGGUCCUGGGCUACCAUACGGUCUCAAAGACAACGUAACCAAUCUGGCGAAUUUCAAUGUGAAAAAAAUUAAAUAAUGUAACAUGCUAUAUUUGACCCUGUAACUUCCCAAAACACCAUAAACCCUGUACAUAGGGGGUACUGUUUUACACGUGAGACAUCGCUAAAUACAAAUAUGUGUAUUUCAUUGCAGUAAAAGCUAAUAGUAUUAUGACCUUCACAGGUAAAUGCAAUGCAGAACUUAAAAAAAAAAAAAAUUUCUCCCAUUUUUUUCAUAUUUUAUUCAUAUUAAAAUGUUUCAUAGCUAAAUAUUUGAUGUUAAAGGAAAGCCCUGUUUCACCUGAAUAAAAUGAUAUAUAAUAGGUGUGGGUGCACAUAAUAUGAAAGAGGUGAAUUAUGGUUGGACAGACAUAUAGCGCAAAUUCCAAGUUUUUGUUUACGUUUUGUUUUGAUCACAACGUGUACAUUUGGCUCAGUCCUUAACCCCUUAACCCCUUAAGGACAGCUUCAGAAGCUUGACUUACGCUUAAUGACAAGCAAUUUUUGCAUUUUCUUGCUGUUUGCGUUCAACUGCAAUUUGCAUCUCUCUCAUUUAUUGCACCGACACAUAUUAUAUACUGUUUUUUAAAGGACAGAAAGGGCUUUAAUUUGAUAUAACAUAUAUAUAUAUAUAUAUAUAUAUAUAAAUGCUUACUUAUUAUAAAAAAAAUACAGAAAAAUGCAAAAAAAAUGAAAAAUAUUGUUUUUUUUUUACAGUUUUUGCAAUAAUAAUGUGUGCAUAAUUAGUGCAGGUUAAGGAAAGUAAUUAAAAAUAAAUUUAUUUAUUUGUUCUGAUUUACAGAAUAUAUCAUGUGUCUGGGAUUUUAAGUUUUUUUUGGUAGUUACAGGUCACAAAGCACAAGGAGUAAAAUAAACUUUUAAUGUAGAGCGAUUUUAGAAUUUGGUAUGUUUGUCUUGUAAGCUUAAUAGCCAUAAAAGAAAACAAAAUUGCCACACAAAAGUAUAUAUUUAUAUAAAGUAGACAUCACGGGCUAUUUACCUAAGGUUGUUUUGACACUUUCUACGUAGCCAUUUCACCGCCAACCUCUGCUAAAUAUUGGAGUAAAAUUGUGUUCUUUUGGUUUUUGGCACACAAACUUAUAACAGAGAAAUUCUCGUGUAUAUUUUGUAAAGUUGGUGUGUGCUAUUCCUGUACAAAGUUUUAUUUUGUGUUCAGUUACAUCUGCUGAGUAAAAUGACACCCCCAUUGUAUGUCUUUUGCACUAUUUCGUGAAGUUACAGUGCCAUACAGGAUACCUGUCCUUUUCAGUAUUCACAGUAGAAUUUUGAGAGAUGAAUUUAAUGAGCCUUAGCUUCCAUUUGGGGUAUUAUAACAGUUUGACUGUUCAAAAAAAACCCACAAAGGCCUACCAUUUGUAAAAGUAGACACUCCAGGGUAUCUUAUAAGGUGCAUAUUGUGCCUUAACAUGCCCCCAUUUUUUCACCAAUAUAUGCCAAAGUAUGUGGUAAAAAAUUAUUUUGUGCAUUUUUUACAUACGGAUUGCAUUUUUGCUGGGCGUUUUGUAUAUUUCAUAUGUGCCACUAAGUUCAAACCCCCCAAAUUAUGCUCAGCUAAGUCUUCUGAGUAAAAUGACACCCCAUAUGAAUGUCUUUGGCACUAUUUCGUGAAGCUACAGUGUCAUAUAGGAGACCUGUCCUUUACAGUAUUCACAGUAGAAUUUUGAGAGAUGGAUUUAAUAAGCCUUAGCUUCCAUUUGGGGUAUUAUAACAGUUUGACUGUUCAAAAACCCCACAAAGGCCUACCAUUUGUAAAAGUAGACACUCCAGGGUAUCUCAUAAGGUGCAUAUUGUGCCUUAACAUGCCCCCAUUUUUUCACCAAUAUAUGCCAAAGUAUGUGGUAAAAAAUUAUUUUGUGCAUUUUUUACAUACGGAUUGCAUUUUUGCUGGGCGUUUUGUAUAUUUCAUAUGUGCCACUAAGUUCAAACCUCCCAAAUUAUGCUCAGCUAAGUCUUUUGAGUAAAAAUACACCCCCAAUGAAUGUCUUUUUCACUAUUUUGUGAAGCUACAGUGCCAUAUAGGAGACCAAGCCAUAUCCGGUUUUACCAAACUUUGAAUUUUGACGCUGGGCCUAUGUGCAAUUUCCAAGCAUCUUCGCAGGUUUUAAAUUCAAACUACCCCACAAAGGCCUACCAUUUCUUAAAGUAGACACCCCAGGGUGUUUCAAAAGGUAUAGUUUGAACCUUAGCGUGGGAUCAUUUUUCCGCUAGCUUGUACCAGAUGUAGUGGUAAUAAGCGUUUUUUCUGCCUUUUUGACAUACAAAGUGAGUUUGCACAGUAUAUUUUGCAAACCUUAUGUGUGCUACGACUGUAUAAUACUUCAUAUGUUGCUCAGCUAUGUCGGCUGAGUACAGCAAUACCCCCGUAUGUACCUUUGCCAGGUAUGUGUGGACAUCGGAGGGGCACAUUUGGGACACAGCCAUUCCAGUUUUUUUCUAACUUUGAAGUUUUACGCUGUGUCCAUGUUCCAAUUUGGAGUAGUUUAGACGGUUGGUUAUUGAAACUUCCCCACAAACACAUACUAUUUAUUAAAGAAUACACCCUGGGGUAAUUCAAAAGGCAUAUUUUGAACCUUGGCGUGGGAUAAUUUUUUCUCUAGUUUGUUCCAGGUGUAGUGGUAAUGAGCGUUUUUAAAAUGUAUUUUUUUACUUUUUAUAACUUUUUUACUUUUAAAAACUAGUUUUUAAACUUUUGUUUUGCUUAUAAAUUUUUUUUAAACUUUCCUAAACUUUCUUAAAACUUUUUUACAGAUUUAACAUUUUUCUAAGCUUUUUUUUUUACCGUUAACCCCUAACUAGCAGUACGCAGCACUAACAGUAAAUUCCCCAUUUUCCCAUAACUCCCACCCACCCCAGCUAGCAAAAUAUAUAGUUAUAAAAUAUUUAAAUUAAUUAAUUAAAUAAAUUGAACCCCUGAGGGUUAAAAAAAUAAAUAAAAGUUAAUCCUCAGGGGUUAAAAAAAAUUAGAUCACAGUAUAAUACUGUGAUCUCUAUUUGAUCGCUGUAGGCAGUGAUCGACUGGCAGGGAAGGGGUUAAUUUUUAUUUGGACUAGGUAAAGUGUGUUUUUUUUGUUUUUUUUACUUAAAUGUUAUUAAAACAUUUUUUUAAGCUUAAUUUUUAACUUUUUAAAGUUUCUUUUAAAACUUUUUUUAACGUUAACCCCUAGUUAGCCUAACGCCAAAUCCCCCAAUUCCCCACUAACUUCCACCCACCCCAGCUAUCUAAAUAUAUAAUUUAAAAAUAAUUUAAUUAAUUAAUUUAAUUAAUUUAACCCCUGAGGGUUAAAAAAAAAAAGAAUUAACCCUCAGGGGUUAAAAAAAAAAAAUCAGAUCAUAGUAAAAUGUAAUCCCUGCCAAUUGAUCACUGUAGUCAGUGAUCAAUUGGCAGGGAAUGGGUUAAUUUUUUAUUAAAAUGGGUAAGGGGGGGGACACUUUAAAUAAACUUUAUUUUUUUUUCCAGCAGGGGGCAGGAUCAUCACUGAUCCGGCUCCCUGCACUUCACACAGAACCCGGAAGUGCAGGGAGCCGGUAGGUGAGUAUACUGAGCACAUGUGCUCGCUCUGACUUGCGGUCAGAGCGAGCACAUGUGCUGGGCAGCCUGACCGGGUGCUCCCGGUAUGCCUCCAAUGCAGAGGCAUACCGGGAGCACCAUUAACCCCGCGAUCACCGCGAUAGCGGCGAUCCGGGGUUAAUUUUACCGCGUGACGGACAAGGUCCGUCACCCGUCGUUAAGGGUCUCCCCUCUGUGACGGACCUCGUCCGUCACCCGUCCUGAAGGGGUUAAGGACACAGCUUCAAAAGCUUGUCUUGCACUUAAGGACACAAGAAAUAUUCACAUUUUUUGCUGUUUGCGUUCAACUGCAAUUUGCAUUUUACAAUUUUAUUGCACCGUCACAUAUUAUAUACCGUUUUUAAAAGGACAAAAAGGGCUUUAAAUUGAUGUAAUAUAUACAUAUAUAAAUGCUAAUUUAUUAUAAAAAAAAUACAAACAGAUGCCCAAAAAUGUAAAAAUUUUGUGUUUUUUUUUUUUUUUUAGUUUUUGCAAUAAUAAUGUGUGCCUAAUUUUGUGCAGGUUAAGGGAAGUAAUUAAAAAUAAAUUAAUUUAGUUUUUCUGAUUUACAGAAUAUAAAUGUGUCUGGGAUUUUAAGUUUUUUGGUAGUUACAGGUCACAGAGCACAAGGAGUAAAAUAGACUUUUAAUGUGGAGCGAUUUUAGAAUUUGGUAUGUUUGUCUUGUAAGCUUAAUAGCCAUAAAAGAAAACAAAAUUGCCACACAAAAGUAUAUAUAAAGUGACUUCACAGGCUAUUUACCUAACAUUAUUUUGACACUUUUACAUAGCCAUUUUCACGCCAAUCCCUACUAAAUAUUGAACUAAAUUUUUUUGGACACACAAACUUAUAACAAAGAACUUCUCAUGUGUAUUUCGUAAAGUUAGUGUGUGCUAUUCCUGUACAAAACCUAAUUAUGUGUUCAGUUACAUCUGCUGAGUACAACGAUAUCCCCAUUGUAUGUCUUUGGCACUAUUUCGUGAAGCUACAGCACGAAAUAGGAGACCUGUCCAUUUCGGUAUUUACAGUAGAAUUUUGAGAGACGGAUUUGAUGGGCCUAUGUUUCAAUUUUUAAAAGUAGACACUCCAGGGUAUUUCAAAUGGCAUAUUUUAAAACUAAGCAUUUUUUUGCUAGUUUGUACCAAGUCUAGUAGCAAUUAGCGUUUUUUCCUGCCUUUUUGACACUCACUUGGAGAUGUUACUGUAUAUUUUGCAAUCCUUAUGUGUGCUACGGCAGUAUAACACCUAUUAUGUUGCUCAGCUAUGUUGUCUUAGUACACCAAUACCCCCAUGUGUACCUUUUUCAGGGAUAUGUGGAUGUUGAAGGGGCAUAUUGGAGACUAAGCCAUAUCAGUUUGUUUGUUUGUUUUUUUUUAAACUUUGAAUUUUGACGCUGGGUCCAUGUGCAAUUUUAGAGCAUCUUAGCAGGCUGAUAAUUCAAACUACCCCACAAAGGCCUACCAUUUUUUAAAGAAGGUAUUAAUCACCGUAUUAACCUGCAUCAAACUCUGGGGCACUGCCUGUCAACUCUGUCUGCUGAUAGAAUUCAUAACUUCCUAAGCAUUUUUUGCUUUUUACACAAGAACUUUAACUAAAUAAUGUUAUAAAUUUUUUUUUCUAUUUUUAAAAAAUCUUUUCACUCCUAGCGUAACACUAAACUCCCCAACUUCCUAUGAAUUACCACGCACCCUAAUUAACUGACUAAAAUUAGAAAAAUAAAAAUAAUAUAAUAAUCAGUCAGAGGUAAGAAUUGCAGCAGUCUCCUUGGCCCUAAACGUUGUCAGCAACUUUAAAAUGGAAGAACUAAAUAAUAACAAAAAAAAAUGUAUGUGUGUGUAUAUAUAUGUGUGUGUGUGUGUGUGUGUGUGUGUGUGUGUGUGUGUCUGUGUGUAUAUAUAUAUAUAUAUAUAUAUUGUGACAAAAGUACUCCUUUCCCUUGGUACCUUGUCCUGGGAUUGGGGUGUUACACACAGUCUUUUCAGGCUUUAGAGACACUUCACACGCUGGAUGAGGUAAACUGACUUGCUCUUUUAUUGAGGUUCCAAAAUAAAUGCACAGUAAGGUAUAAAGGUAACAAAAAUAUAUCAAACAAAAGCCUUGCUCUUCUGAGCACUAACUAAACAAAAUAAUCAGCUAACUGGGUUGGAUGGCUUGUCCAUUUCCCAACAUAAACAUAAAUAUAAACAUAAACAGCCUUACUGCUUCAGGGUUUUCAGCUCUCUGUUUCCACUCACAGAAACCAAACACAAUCUCCCUUCUUCCUUGGCAGGGGAGUACUUUAUAGCACUGGUAAUUGACAAUCCUUUUCAGGUGAGUUAGAUUAGGAUUCAAACUCCAGAACUGGACUUCUCACCAAGCAACUUCCAAAAUGUGGAGUGGAGCACUGGCCCACCCUACUCUCCAGGUGCUCCACCCCAGGGCCCAAAUAUACACAUAUUUAAAGUGCAACAUUCAUUAGAACAUAACACAUUUCCCUGGGGCUAAUUACACAAAGUAAGAACCUUGCAAAAUCUGGGGAGGUAUAUAGGUUCCUUCCAGCACAAUUCCUUGCUUUCUGUCACAAUAUAUAUAAUGUGCAACUUAUUCUCCCUGGGUGUGAAAAACUUUAAAACAGUUGCCAAUACAAGGGCCGGGCUGAGAGGGGCAAUAAAAGCUGGUUUCCGUCCCUAUGCCCCUCUGGUAGCACAACCUGCACCUUUUCUGGGGUGUCUUCUUUUUGGGGGUUGGUGGUAUCCGGAAACAGAAGUGAUCUGUCUCAACCCUUCUGCUGCUAGGCCGGCUGAUGGUUCCCCACUGUGGCACUCAGUGAGCAGUCCAGAAAUAAGCGGAAACUGGAAAUCCAGAAAUGUGGAUUUAAUGUCAGCAUUUGUCUUUUUGUACAGAAUAAAGGUAAAUGCCAAGCUUUUUGUACCAUGCCCUGGUCUUCCUCAGUAUUAUAUAGGGUUGCAGCAGUUGGUCGGACAGGUCAACUUCCCCAUGUGCUUGUUAUACUGCCUAAUGCAGACUGGCACCCGUCUAAUUUCUUGUCUGCCACGAACUGCGACUCUUCGAGUGUGCUCAGUAUGCAUAGAUGUUAGCAUGCACACCUCCUUCUUAUCUUUUAAUUUGAGAGCCAGCAGUUGUCCUGGCAGAGAGCAGCCGUUUCCCCCCUCUUGAGCUUUUUUUGUGCCAGGGCUUUUGGGAAACCGACACGUGUCUUUCGGAUAGUGCCGCAGGCCACAGUUUCAAAGCAAUAAAGCAUUCUAGGAAGAGGGAUGCUAUUAUAGUAAUUGUCUAUAAAUAAAUGAUACUCCUUAUUUAGCAAUGGGUUAAUUAAAUCCCAUACGAUUUUUCCACUCGUCCCAAAGAUAUCUGGGAAACCUGGGGGAUCCAAGUGGCUGUCUUUACCGUCGUAAACACGGAAGGUGUAAACAUAACCACUGGCACUUUCACAACGUUUAUACAACUUUAUCCCAUACCGGGAUCUUUUGGCCGGGAUAUAUUGUUUAAACCCCAGUCUGCCCUUGUAUUUCAUUAGAGACUCAUCUACACAAAUAUUUUUUUGUGUGUUGUACAUUGAGCUAAACUGUCUUGUUGAAGUGGGAAAUAAGGGGGCGAAUCUUAUAGAGAUUAUGGUAUUGAGGAUUAUAUCUUGGGGGGCACUUCGAAUUGUCGCUGAAGUGUAAAAAGCGAAGCAUUGCUUCAUAUCUGGACCUUUUCAUGGUCUGGGAGUAAAUAGGGGUUGUUACGGCACACCCAGGCAUAAAAGGGUUAAACCCCCGUUUAGAAGAUCUUCCCCUUCCUCAGAUACAGGCACAGCUACUGAAGAACACCAAACUCCCGAACUGCAUGUAAGGGAAUGCUCCAAACUCCCGACCUGCAUACAAAAUAGCACUCCAAACUCCCGAACUGGAACCUCACUGUAGCGGUACUUACCCUUUCCAGGGGCCGGCCGGGGUCCUCUGUUCGAGCCGCGCGCGGUCCUGCUGAUGCACGAGCCGCGCGCGGCUCAGCCGACCGCUGUGACUGGAAAGCGGUCACGUGUUCCACCUAACUUUAAGAGCACGCCGCGGGUAUCGGGCGCGCUCUUAAAGGGACAGUGGGUGCCUAAAUUGGAAAAGGCAUCCCAUUGGUCCCUGUCAUGCCACACUCCCCAUACACUUACCUUUUGGGGGCGUGGAUGUGACAGGGACCAAUCAAAUUAGAUGUUUAGGUAUUUAUACUCACCUUCUUCCCUUUGUUCCUUGCCCUAUCGUGGUUUCUGUAUCAGUUCCCUUUAGCGCUUGUUGUGUUCAGUUGUGUUUCUCCGUAUUGACCUUGGCUUUGUUUCUGACUACGUUUUCUCUUUAUCCUUCUGUUCUGGUUGUCGGCUUGUUGUUUACUGUGUACCAGACCCCGGCUUGUCCUAGUUUACGCUGUCUCUCUGUGCCCUUGAUUUCGGAUCGUUCCUGACUCUGUCUCCUCUCUUAUACGUCGAGUCCGGCCAUUCUAAGGUCCGGUAGACGUAUCUCUCCUCUGUGUUGUCUUUUGUUUUGCUGAAUCCUGCGUGUUGGGGUAUAUUCUCGUUACAUUACGAUAGGGCCAUGGACCCCGCAGAUUUGGCUCAGCAAAUGGCUUCUCAUGAGGCAAGGUUUGUAGAGCAGGAUCACCGUAUGGAUCAGAUAGCACAGGCUCUCCAGACGCUCUUGUCUAGAACCAUUCCUGCAACCGCACCUAACCCUCCUACACCUCAUCCUCCCGAAGUAUCCAAUUCAACCAAUGCUUCGCCCCAUUUAACACCUCCUCCUAGGUAUGGAGGGGAAGCUAAGACAUGCAGAGGUUUUAUUAAUCAAAUAGAAUUCCACCUUGAGAUGUAUCCUCAUUCCUUUCCCACUGAUAGGUCUAAAGUGGGGUUUUUGAUGCAUCAACUUACUGACAAAGCACUAGAGUGGGCAAAUCCUAUUUGGGAGGCUAAUGGACCUAUGGUUCAUGAUUUCAAUAGUUUUCUUGCGGCUUUUCGUAGAACUUUUGACACAACAAAGAGGUCAAAGAAUGCCGCAAGAGCAUUAAUGAGGAUUAAACAGGGGUCUAGGUCUGUGGCGGAUUAUGCUAUUCAGUUUCGUACCCUUGCUUCACAGGUAGAUUGGACCAAUAAUGGGUUAACUACUGCGUUCAUGGAAGGUUUAUCUGACACUAUAUUAGAUGAGGUAGCUGCAAGGGAGCUUCCUAUUCCAUUAGAGGAUCUUAUUGACUACCUCAUUGAUAUAGAUAAUAGAAUUCGCGACAGGCUCUAUACCAAAAACAAGAAUAGACGUCUGGUCACAUCUAUUAAUCCCAGAGUUGAUAAACCUGAGAGUGUUAAAGUACCCGAGGAGGAACCCAUGCAAUUAGGGAUUGCCAAACUCUCGGAUACUGAAAAACUACUUAGAAGAAGGAAUGGACUCUGCCUAUACUGUGGUAGGCGAGACCAUAUGGUAAGGGAAUGCCCUUUGCGUCCGGAAAACUCUCGCACAUAAGACCUUAUAGGGGACUGGCCUUGGGUGUGAUCUCUAAGUCUUCUAAAUUGCCUCCUAAUCGUUUGCUUCUCCCUGUUUCCCUUCAUACGGGGGUGAGUUGUAUAGCAGAACGCAUAUUAGCCUUGGUUGAUUCUGGGGCUGCUGAGAACUUUAUUGACUCUGAGUUUGUUACGAAAAAUAACAUUCCCGUCAGAGAAAGGGAGAUACCCUUGGCCAUUGAGGCCAUAGAUGGUAGACCAUUAAGUUCUCCAAGUUCUCCAAAUGUUACUCAUGAAACUGUACCAUUACACAUGUAUACAGGGGUUUUACACUUUGAAACCAUUCGAUUCCAGGUCAUCACAUCUCCCUCUUCUCACAUUGUGUUAGGGUACCCAUGGUUACGUACUCACAAUCCCAUUUUCGAUUGGGAGUCAGGGCAAAUAAAAUCAUGGAGCGAUGCCUGCCAUAAGUCCUGUACUAUUAAAGUCACCCCUUUGAAUUCUAUUAAUGUUCCUACAACUCCUCCUUUGUCCACUGUUAUACCCCCUCAGUACUUAUUUCUCAAAACUGUCUUCGAUAAAAGGGAGGCUGACAAAUUACCACCUCACAGACCCUACGAUUGUGCUAUCGAUUUAUUGCCUGGCACAAUACCUCCAAAGGGCAGGGUGUACCCUUUAUCUGUUCAAGAAAACCGUGUCAUGGAGGAGUAUAUUAAGGAAUCAUUAGAAAAGGGGUUUAUUAGGAGAUCCUCUUCUCCGGCUGGAGCGGGGUUCUUCUUUGUAUCAAAAAAAGAAGGUGAUUUAAGACCGUGUAUCGAUUAUAGAGGUCUAAAUAAAAUCACCAUCAAAAAUGCAUAUCCUAUACCUUUAAUCACGGAAUUAUUUGACAGACUCAAACAUGCUACUGUAUUCACUAAAUUUGAUCUUAGAGGUGCAUACAAUUUAAUACGUAUUAAGAAAGACCACGAAUGGAAAACGGCAUUCAACACUAGAUCUGGCCAUUACAAGUAUACUGUUAUGCCAUUUGGUCUAUGCAAUGCCCCAGCAGUAUUUCAAGAAUUUAUCAAUGACGUUUUAAGAGACUUUAUUCACACAUUUGUAAUUGUGUACUUAGACGACAUAUUAAUAUACUCUACAGAUUUACACACUCAUCAUAGGCAUGUUACGACAGUUCUGAAGACCCUUCUUGCUAAUGGUCUUUAUUGUAAACUGGAAAAAUGUCUAUUUGACCAAUCCGAAGUCCAGUUUUUGGGGUAUUUAAUUUCCGCUAAAGGUUUUCGUAUGGAUCCCCAGAAGCUUUCUGCUGUCAUGGAAUGGCCUCUUCCACAAGGUUUGAAAGCCAUUCAGCGUUUUCUUGGUUUCUCUAACUAUUAUAGACGCUUUAUUAAAGGUUUUUCCUCUAUUGUAGCGCCUAUCACCCGUAUGACAAGAAAGGGAGGCAAUACUCGUGUCUGGUCUCCCGAGGCACUUCAGGCUUUUGAGUUUCUUAAAACUACAUUCGCUUCUGCACCUAUUUUACAGCACCUUAUCCCCACACUGCCCUGUAUUCUUGAAGUUGAUGCUUCUGAUAUCGGGGUAGGUGCUGUCUUAUCCCAAAGAGAGUCGCCUGAAAAGCCAUUGCAUCCUUGUGGCUUCUUCUCCAAACAAAUGUCCAAAGCAGAAAAGAAUUAUGAUGUGGGUAAUCACAAACUCCUUGCUAUUAUUUUAGCACUGAAAGAAUGGAGACAUUUGUUAGAAGGAACUAAAGAUCCUAUUCUCAUAUUUACGGAUCACAAGAACCUAUCCUACCUUAGUGAGGCUAAAAGAUUGUCUUCUCGGCAGGCUAGGUGGUCACUAUUUUUGUCCCAUUUCAAUUACAUUAUAACCUAUAGGCCAGGUGACCGCAACACUAAAGCAGACGCUCUGUCCAGACAGUUCGAAACUGCUGACAAACAGGAGAUUGAUGUUACUCCUUUGAUUCCCCCAGAAAGAAUAAUCGCUACCACUGUUUUGUCUAUUUCUUCGUCCCUUUUGCAGGCCAUACAAGCGAAACAAAACAUGGCACCUAGCGAGAGACCUACUGAUAAACUGUUCGUUGAUGUUCCCGAGAGACGGGAGAUUCUGUCGUUGUAUCAUGACACUAAGACUGCUGGACAUACUGGUAUUUCCAAAACGGUGUCAGCAGUUUCUCGGUAUUUUUGGUGGGAUUCCUUACGCAAGGAUGUCACUGACUAUAUAGGUGCUUGUACUACUUGUGCCUGUAUGAAAUCUUCUCAUAGGGUUCCUUGUGGGCUGUUGCAUCCGUUACCUAUUCCCGAGAGACCUUGGUCCAACCUGUCCAUGGAUUUUAUUGUUGAAUUACCUCCCUCGAAUGGUAACACAGUUAUCCUAAUGAUAGUGGAUCGGUUUUCCAAGAUGGCUCACUUUGUGUCUCUUCACAAGCUGCCCACAUCCAGGGAACUAGCACUUGUUUUCGCCAGAGAGGUGUUUCGAUUACACGGCAUUCCCGUAUCUAUUGUAUCUGAUAGGGGUAGCCAAUUUAUUUCCAGGUUCUGGAAAGCCUUUUGUUCGGAAAUGGGUAUUUCUCUCUCAUUUUCUUCCGCUUACCACCCCCAGUCUAAUGGAGCUACCGAACGUGCCAAUCAAUCUCUGGAGCAGUACCUUCGUUGUUUCGUAUCCCACCAUCAGAACAAUUGGUCUGACCUUCUUCCUUGGGCUGAGUUUGCUCGGAAUAAUGCUACUCAUGAUUCUUCCGGCAAGAGUCCUUUUUACGUUGUAUAUGGCCAACAUCCUGUUGUUCUUCCGGCUGCUUUCUCCUCACAGGGCAUGCCAGUUCUGGAUGAACAUUUGGCUAAUUUGCGUCAUACUUGGGAGCAGGUUCAGCGUUCUUUGGUGGAUUCCGCUGCUCGCCAGAAGGUGCAGGCUGACAAGCAUCGCAGGGCGGCUCCUUCUUAUGUUGUGGGGGACAGGGUUCUGCUUUCUACGCAAAACAUUCGCCUCCGGGUGCCUUCUAUGAAAUUGGCUCCCCGCUUUAUUGGUCCUUAUCGUAUUCUGCAUAAGGUUAAUCCUGUUUCGUAUGCCUUGGGUCUCCCUAAGAAUCUGCGUAUUCCUAAUGUCUUUCACACCUCGCUGUUGAAGCCUUUCGUACGCAACCGCUACACCCGACAUGCACCUCCUCCCCCUCCUGUUUCUGUGGAGGGUCAUGAGGAAUUUGAAGUUUCUGCAGUUCUUGACUCUCGUUUCCUUAGGGGCCGACUCCAGUACCUAGUGCAUUGGAAGGGCUAUGGGCCUGAGGAGCAUAGUUGGAUUUCCGCUGACGCGGUUCACGCUCCUCGUCUUGUGCGCUCUUUCCAUUCUCGUUUUCCUGCCAGGCCUGGCCCUCCCUGCCCGGAGGGCGUGUCCUCAGGGGGGGGUAAUGUAGCGGUACUUACCCUUUCCAGGGGCCGGCCGGGGUCCUCUGUUCGAGCCGCGUGCGGUCCUGCUGCUGCACGAGCCGCGCGCGGCUCAUCCGACGGCUGUGACUGGAAAGCGGUCAUGUGUUCCACCUAACUCUAAGAGCACGCCGCGGGUAUCGGGCGAGCUCUUAAAGGGACAGGGGGUGCCUAAAUUGGAAAAGGCAUCCAUUGGUCCCUGUCAUACCACACUCCCCAUACACUUACCUUUUGGGGGCGUGGAUGUGACAGGGACCAAUCAAAUUAGAUGUUUAGGUAUUUAUACUCACCUUCUUCCCUUUGUUCCUUGCCCUAUCGUGGUUUCUGUAUCAGUUCCCUUCAGUUGUGUUUCUCCGUAUUGACCUUGGCUUUGUUUCUGACUACGUUUUCUCUUUAUCCUUCUGUUCUGGUUGUCGGCUUGCUGUUUACUGUGUACCAGACCCCGGCUUGUCCCAGUUUACGCUGUCUCUCUGUGCCCUUGAUUUCGGAUCGUUCCUGACUCUGUCUCCUCUCUUAUACGUCGAGUCCGGCCAUUCUAAGGUCCGGUAGACGUAUCUCUCCUCUGUGUUGUCUUUUGUUUUGCUGAAUCCUGCGUGUUGGGGUAUAUUCUCGUUACACUCACGAAUAGCUGCUAGCAGACGAAUAGGAAAAGCACCCAAGCGGCUUACACUCCUAGCAAUCAGUCUCUAUCAGCAUACAGUAAAUCCCCCCCAAAGACGGGACAAGGCUCCGUGUUGAGGGUCAAGCAGUGGUCUGUUUUAAUGAGGGCUACCUGCCCAGUAUUUAUGCAGGUCUCCCACCUGGUGGACACUCCCCUAGGGGACCAAAUGGAAGACUGUGACACAGGACAGACAUGAACCAAUGACAGAAAAACAUCCCCACAAUGCAUCCUAACUUCCCUCCCUCUGUCCUGGAGAUAAUUGGGAAGUAAUCCAAUUAUCUCCCAGGACAGAGGCAAAACUCCAUUACCCACAUGGCUACAACAAAACACUAAAAUACAACAAAAUACACAAUAUUACAUUUGUCACACAAAAUAUAUACAUGUAACCCAUCCCCAGAUAGCUGGGAUCUGAGCACACAAAAGUACCGAAUAGUGCUCAGAUCCUAUGCACACAGUCCAAUCGCCGUGGAGUUACACAAAGUCUGUUCUCCAUACAAAUAGACUCCACAGGAUGGCUAUCUGGGGUUAUGCUGUUCGUACGGUUUAAACUACCGAAUGAACAGGCAUCUGGUUAAAUGACCGAAUGCAGAAGCAAGGAGGCUGACGGCUCAGCGGUGUUCGCGCAAAUAAGUGUCCGUUUACAGUUCCCUAGUUUGGGCGCUGAACACCGCUGGCUGUUCGGGACUUUAAAAUGGCCGCCGCCAUGUGUUCGGCAACCGAGCAUUCGUCAAUUAAGCUGCGGUUAACCGCAGCUUCUGGGAGGUAAAUUGCCGACACACUCCAGCUCCCAGGUGGUCCAGUCAUUCGUGCAUUAGGCACGAAUAAGCCUUUUCUGCCAGGGAAAAGAAGGCUUUUAACAUGGGGCCAUAGUCCAAAGGUAACAGGCGAGCAACCAGGCUUCUCCAAUGCAAUGUGGCGAGAUUGGUCUCGUCACAGGGGUGCUGCAUACAGGAUUUUUGGACCGGUACAUCCUGAUGCUGUUUUUUUAAAUAAUGCCCAUUAGCAUUGUUAGUGCCCAAAAUUUUUUUAAUUCUGGCACACUGGUGGGGUACCAACUCCCUUGCCUGGCGAUGAGACUCUGAUCAUUAAGUGUCAGGUACUGCACAGCAUAAAGGUUGGUCUGGGUGACUAUAUCCCCUAAAAUAUCAUCCCCCAAGAUUAGCUGCAUGAAAUCCAGUGCACUGUAGUUAGUGACAUCCAACUGAAUUCCAGGACUGCCAGUAAACACUGGGAUGUCAGGCGUGAAAUCAUUUAGGGGUUCCCAGUCACCAGUGUCAUGAGCCAGGUCAGGGGACUCGGCGCUUACAACAGAGGGCCCUGCAGUAUCUGGCACAGUCUCAUCACCACUCUCAGAGGCAGAGUCGGCUGCUAGUAUAUCAUAAGCCUUCUCAGCAGUGUACCUUCUAGACAUUAUGAAGGUGUAACUUUAACAAACUUUAUUUUUUUAAACUUUUUUUUUUUUGUAAACUUUUUUUUUCUUUUUUUAUAGUUUUUAUUUUAAACACUUUUCAGAACUUUUCUAAACUUUUCGUCUCUAACUAGCCUAACACUCAAUUUCCCAAAUUCCCACUAAAGUCCACCCACUCCAGCUAAGGAAUUAACGUUAAAUUAAUUAAAUAACAAAUUAAAUAAAAUUAACCCCUAAGGGUUAAAAAAAAAAAAAUCAAAAUUAACACUUGAGGGUACAAAAAAAAAUUAUAUCACAGUUAAAUACUGUGAUCAGUAUACUGAUCACUGCAGGGAGUAAUCAAAAGGGCAAGGAAAGGGUUAACACUGUUUUAAAAGUAUUAAAAUCACUUUUAAAACACAGAUACACUUUAAGCUAAAAUGGCACACAAUGUUGCAGCACCGAUCCCUCCACUUCUCAAACCCCACAGAGGUGGAGGGAGGAGGAUCAGGAAUCCCAGCAGCACUGUGAUCGCUGUGACAUGUGCUGGGACAGCUCUAUUGGCGGUUGCUGGUCUGCCUCUGACAUCGAGGCACCCAGCAACAGCGUUAACCCCACGAUCGCGGCGAUCUGGCGUUAACGUUAGUAAAUGACGGAGAUUUUCCGUCAACGGUCCUUAACGCAUGGACAAGCUUGACGGAAAAUCUCCGUCUUCGGUCGGGAAGGGGUUAACCCCUUCAGGACAGAGUCAAUAGUACACGUUCUGAUCAAAACAAAAUUUAAACAAAAACUGGUAUUUGCGCUAUAUGUCUGUUCAACCGUAAUUCACCUCUUUCAUAUUAAGUGCACCCACACUUAUUACAUAUCAUUUUGUUCAGGAGAAACUGGGCUUUAAUUUCUCAUGAACUAUUCAUAUUUGAAACAUAAUUUAUUAUGAAUAAAAUUUUAAAAAACUGUGAGAAAUUAAGAUUUAAAAAAAAUUUUAUAGAAAUUUCAUCUGUAAAUGUCAUAAUACCAUUAGCUUUAACUGCAAAAAAAACACAUAUUUGGAUUCAGCAAAGUCUCACGAGUACAACAGUACCCCCCAUUAACAGUUUUUACGGUGUUUUGGAAAGUAAAAGGGUCAAAUAUAGCACAUUCCAUUUUUCAGUUUUUUUCAAAUUGAAAUUCGUCAGAUUGGUUAUGUAGUCUUUGAGACCGUACGGGAGCCCAGGAAUGAGAAUUAUCCCCAUGAUGGCAUACCAUUUGCAAAAGUAGACAACCCAAGGUAUUGCAAUUGGGGUAUGUCCAGUUUUUUAUAGUAGCCACUUAGUCACAAACACUGGCCAAAGUUAGAGUUCAUAUUUGUUUUUGUGUGAAAAAAGCACAAAUUAAAGUUAAAAAAAACCUCAUAAAUGUGGCUUAUCUAAAGACUGGUAAGCAGAGUAUAAUGGACCAAAAAAGAGAUUUCUUUAAUAUAAAAGUAAGUUAACCACGUAGAAAAAUAACACAGUGAAACUUAAAUAAAAUCAUCCAAAUAGUCCAAGCAAAUAUAAACUUGACGUUCAUUCUAGGACUCUUAUCCUACUCCGCUUAUCGCAUCGGGUACCUGGGUGACCAGUAUCUGAAAGUGUCCGUUGGUGCCCCAGCUUGGUAAAAAUGACUGAUUUUGUUCAGAUCAGGAUGGCAGAUGGGCUUGUGUGUUUUUCGGGGUCCAAGGUUGCCAACAAAAGUCCCCAAGUGUGGGCACAUUUAUUAGACCCAAAGAUGUUGGGAAGCUGCAGUCUUUGUCCCAGGCACCAGCAUGAUGGCGUGGCUUAGUUAUAUACCACAGGAACUGCCUCCAUGCUAUGGCUGAUUAAGUGGAUGGUUCAGGCAGGGGAAUUCAUCUCAUAAAGUGACCCUGUGUGGAGCAUGAAGGGUGUUUAUUUCUGCGACACUGUCUGCCUCUUUAUUAUUAGAGUAAUAAUAAGGGGGUUACGCGAUAAGUAGAUUAUCCCCCCACUAGCAGUUCUCUUGAUCAGAGGAUGGCACACAGCAGCUUGUAUCAGUUUAGAGCUGUGUGCCGCACACACUCAGCUUGGCUGUGAGAUGUGCCAUAAAAUGCUAAGCUAUAAGUGUUUGCGGCCAGGGCUACUUUACAUGAUGUUUGUUUGUCCCGGCAGUUAUUAAAGCAGUUAAAGCCAGGGGGAAGGUUGAUCUUGCCAGUGGGACCUGAAGGUGGCAGCCAAGCUCUGGAGCAGUACGACAAGGCUGACGAUGGGGAGAUCACAAGGGCUCGCCUAAUGGGUGUCAUGUACGUCCCUCUGACAGACAGAAACAAGCAGUGGCCAAGGUGAGGACAUUCAGUGCAGUGAGAUGUACAAUCAUAAUGAUAUAAAAUAUAGAUUAUGGGGUGUUGUGCUUGUGCUUG